AUUUUGGUAGCAGGGAUGUCCGAUGUCCGUUUGUGUGUAUAGGAAUUUCUUCAAGCAGUAGGUGACAAUUUUCUCGCAGAUGAAUCUAUAUUUUCAAUAUGUGUAAAUAAGAUACUGCUGAAGCGGCAAAGUAAAAGCUGAACUGCUUCUUUCAACAACAAGAUGUUGAAGACAUUAAGAAAAAGAAGAAGCCAAGACAAAGAACUACAGCGACCACAUUCUUAUCCAGAUACCGAAAUUGCAAAAGUACCUGAAGAUGCUGUAGAAAAUCCUAAAUCAUCCACCAAAGAUGUUUAUAUGAAGUCUGAUUCUCUGAAAUCUAGUGAGAGCAAACAAGAGAAAACAUCCACCAAGUCAGUGGAAAAUUCAAGUAAGAAAGACAGACCUGAUUCUCUGAAGUCAAAUGAGAAAAAAAAAGGGAAAACAUCUACCAAGACGGUGGAAAAUACAAGUGAGAAAAACAGGCCUUCAUCAAAAAGUGGAUCUCGAAAAACAAGGUGUGAAGAAACACUUGAUAAAUUAUCACAUUUGGUGGCAACUGAUAGCACUGAUGGCACCUUAGUGAGUAGAAACAAAGAUGACUUACCAGAGAUCAUCAAUGAAGUUUACACAAUGGCAAAAGUUGAGAAAAACCACAAGAAGAUGAAAACUGAGUCUGUGUUUGACACUUUAAAGCAAGUUCCGGGCUCUACUGAAGAUGAAGUAGUCAAGACAAAGGCAGUGAUGGCACUGGGUUAUCUAAUUUGGGAUAGAGCAGAUACAAGUAUUGUAUAUGAAGCUGCUAAGAAAACACAUGCGAUUACACAGUUACUUAACCAGCUUGUCCCACUGAUUGCUUCAAAUGAUGAUGUAAGCUCUGGUUGUUCACAGUCGGAUCUACUCCAGAGUUUAAAGCAUUAUGCAGUUGAUGAGAAAAAUAAGAAGAUCAUCUGUGAAGAAGGAGGAAAGGACAUUAUACCGACCUUCUUGAAAUCUGACAAACCUGCAGUACAGUCACUUGCAGCUGAACUGAUCUGUAGUUUAUCAUUUAUUGAGAGUAAUAGAUGUCUGUUACUGAAAGAAAAGAGUCUUCUGAAGGAUUUGACAAAACUCACUCACUCUCCCGAUAAUCAUGUCAGUCGCAAUUCUGCAAAUGCUUUGUUGGUUCUACAGGAUUAUAUGCAUGAUGAUGUAUUUGUUUCACAAGGUGAAACGUCAACAGAUGGGCAUCAACAUGUUGAUAUCGAUCAGGAAAUUGAUAGCGAAGAUGAUGAUGAUGUUAUAAUUCGGCCAGGAUCUGCAAAACGCACUGGUACAACUGAGGUUGAUUUACAGCUGAAAUCUGUAGCUCCUGUACCACCACCUCCUCCACCACCUCCUGCUGCUGCUCCCCCUCCUCCUCCACCAGCUGCACCUGCAGUCUUUUCUCAUGGGCCUCUUCCUCCACCACCUCCAACACAGAGAAAAGAAGGUCAUAUUAUGCUGAGUUACAACUGGGAUAAUCAAAAAUUGGUAUUGAAGAUUAAUGAGAAAUUAAAGGAACAUGGAUACAAGACAUGGAUAGAUGUAGAACACAUGUCAGACUCCAUCUUAGAUGCUAUGGCACAUGCUGUACAAGAUGCAGACAUUGUACUACUAUGUUUCUGUCAGUCCUAUCAGAAUAGUACAAAUUGUAGAACAGAAGGAGAAUACGUAUUCAGCAGAAAGAAACCACUAAUUCCACUGAGAAUGAAGUCUUACAGCCCUCAGAACUGGCUUGGUGCCCUCAUUGGUAAUCAGCUUUAUGUAGAUUUCUCUGAUGGAGAAGUUGUUUUUAAUGAUAAAAUGAAGGAUCUGCUUGAACAAAUUAAACGACGACAAAGCAAGUUAGCUGAUCAGACUGUAAAUUAUGGAUAUCAUGCUGUGUAUAUGCUGAAAUAUAUAAGUGGAAUGUCAUACAGUGAAAUUCUACAACCAUCUGCCACAAUGAGUUACAAUGCAGGUAGUCUACUUGGCCGUAUAGAUAAUGCACUCAGGGACUUCCACUAUAAUGGUUUUGAAUAUGAAAAUGCUGUGCUUAAGUCAGAUGACGUCACGUCUGUGCAAAAGAGUUUAUAUGUAAUCGAGAAUGAUAAAAGAAGACAGCUGAUAGAGGAGGUCAUAUCUGCGUUCAAGGAACAAGUCAUUCCCAAUAUAGGGAAUCUCCGUAAAGGGAUAAUACAUGGAGACUAUAAUCCAAACAAUGUAAUUGUUUCCAAGAAUCGGUUACCACCAAGAACGGAUAGUGACAAAAAUGUCAAUCAUGAUAUUAACGGCAUUGUGGACUUUAGCGAUACACAAUAUUCUUACUAUGUGAAUGAAAUUGCCAUAGCAAUUUCUCAUUUCAUGAUGUACUGCAACCAUGGCGACCCCCUUGCAAUAGGGAAAACAGUACUUGCUGGUUAUGAAUCCAACUUUCGUCUAAAUGACAUCGAAAGAAAAGUUCUUCAAGUGUUUGUAGCCACGCGUAUGGCUAAUAUAGCAGUUCGGGGAACUGAGCACCUGAAUACACAAACGACUGAUAAUGAAUAUAUGAGAAAUGCAAUUCAAUUAUGUUGGGAAUGUUUAGAAACAUAUGGUUACCAGUUACUAAACACACACAUCAGUAUGUUUGAAGAGUAA